GCAAAACCACUUGUGUCAGUUCCAUUAAGCUGGCCAUGUCUAACAUGUCCUUGUCGCCAGCAUUGUCAGCAGUAACUCAUGAUAGCUCAUCAGCACUUACCACAAGUUCCGCACUCUAUCAUAGUUUCCCCUCUCACCGAAGUCUAACUAGCUUACCACUACCUAGUCGAUCGCAGCGAGUUCUGCAAAUGAACCGCUCUCCAUAUCGAAUCCAUACACACCAUGUUACCCUCGGGUCGCCAAGCCAUACCAUAUCGAUCGAACCUGACGAUAUUAAUUCGAUGUCUGAAGAGAAUAUCAGCUUUUGUCUUGCAGAUGAUGGUAACACCGGCAUAUACGGCUCCUCUGAUCAAAAACACCAAAGUACCCGUCGACGGGCCUGUUGCGACUACUUCCCAUUAACCUUCGACAUUGCACAAACUGACGGAGGCCAUUUUUCACCAACAUAUUCUGUUCAAAAUAUCUUGCACGAUGAUAGCACCGUCUACUGCUCAGGAAGGAGGGGCACAAUCAAUAUACUGCUCAAGUUCAACCCGUCGGCAAGUAGCGGUGGCAUGUAUAAGACUCUCCCUUGUGUAUUAUCACAGUUAAUAAUCAGAUCCCCUCGACAAGGAUUUACCGCCCCAUGCAAAGAAGGCAUGAUUUUCAUCUCGCAUCACCCAAUCGAUCUAAAAGCCACAGAAAAGUUUGAUAGUUUCACCAGGGAUGACUUUAAAGCACACUGUGCUAAAGUGCGUAGCCAAACUCGCGACUGUGAUAUAGAUCAAAUAUCCCCCAAGGAGGAUGGGUAUGAUCCAAUAGCUUGGUUUCAUGUUAGGCGAGAACAACAGCAAUGUAUUGACCUAGGAGAGCGUUCUGGACGCUACGUUAUGCUCAAGCUUCUCAGAAGUGAGAAUGAGGCUGAUAAUAUUGAUUUACAGUACGUAGGGCUAAUGGGCUACUUUGGAGCUCGCUCAUUUGCUAUAGGAUCGCUCUGUUGAGCAUAUCGUUGUAGAUAUUGGGAUAAUUUUUUUGUAAAUUUAGCAAUACCACUGAUCAUAUAGGAAAUAACGGUAUGGCAAAUUUGGUAUCAACAUGAACAUAGGCCAACUGUAAACGUUAUUAGUGGAGUUAUAUCAUAAAUGGAAGCGUUCAAGCGGUAAUACCGCUGAGUCUCCCUAUUUCUUUUUCUUUUUUUUUUUCGAAGGACGGCGAAAUCAUUGG